CAUAUCUCCUAAAGUAGUAGACUGCUACCAUCAGCUGACAGUACUGUGCAGCAAGUGUCGAUCUAGAAUCUAUGACCGAGUUGUAUUUGAGAUAAAAGAUCAAACAAGAAGAUGUCAAGCACUGAUCCUGCAAAUAGUGCAAAAACAAGAUUGAGAAUUCUCACAUAUGUGACUCCAGAAGUUCCCAUCACGAUUUUCACCAUGCUUCGAGAUUGCAUCGAAGAAGUAACAGAAAUGGAAGUUGAUCUUAUGGUAGAAGAUAGAUUCCCAGGUCCAAGCCCUUCACGAACAAAUCCUUUCUCUGCUGAUUUAGCUGACAUUGUCAUUAUGCAUAGCACGGAUUACUUGCGGUUAAAAGUGCACAAGCAGGACCAUAUGGAGCUAUGUCGUGCCGCGCCUGUACACAAGCAUCCACUAGUGACUGACAGGCCAAUCUAUUUCUCAGAAAUUAUUAUCAAUUCAGCCAACAAAGAAAAGUACAAAAGCAUCCAAGACCUGAGAGGCUGCAGCUGGGCAUACAACAAUGAUUCAUCUCUCAGUGGAAAUCUGGUUGUUUUGGAUUACUUGAAAAAACAUUUGAAAACAAACGCAGCUCAUUUUGGGAACAUCAUUCUCUCAGGUUCUCACCUGAACUCGAUAAAAAUGGUUCGGGAUUUUAGAGUAGAGGCUGCGGCAGUUGACUCAACGGUACUGGCUGGCUACCUGCUAGAGCAUGAAGACCAUCACGACAAAUUUACCUCCGUUGAAUCUCUAGGACCAUUACCUAUUUACCCAUUUCUUUUCAACAGUCGUUUGUCAGCUAGACUAAAACACAAAAUCACAGAUAUGCUACUCUCUUUAACCAAGUCACCCAAAUGGGCAGUCCAGCUCAAUGAUUUGGGUAUACUCAGAUUUGUGCCAGUGGAACCAGAAUUUUACCACUUAGAAGAUGACAUUGUGAAAGGCACACUUGGGCUGAGCAUUAGUGCUACAUAUUACUAAAGAUUGAUCUAUAUAAUAAUUAGCAGUGAUUUUUAUUAAAAAUUAACCCAGGGAAAUUAUUUCAGUAUUCAUGAAAAUAUGUUUAUACACUGUUGAAAAAAUAUAAUAAAUAUUACAUAUAUUUACUGCUCAAGUAUAUUUUGUAAUGCUUAAUAACAAGUUAGUACUGCUGUACAGGAAUAUAUUUUGUUACUCAUGCUAAAUACUUUUUUUUUAAAAGCAUGUUUAGGACAGAAUCACAGUGGAGGAAUGUCAUUUUUAGCAACUUAAAGAUUGGGUAAAAAUGGGGGCUAUUUAGUCUUUUAAUUUAAAAAAUAUUUAUGUGAUGAAGGAACUUGUAUAUUGAAUUUUAUUUUAAAUCCUGUUUAUUUUAGAAUUUUUAAAGGUAACAUGUUUAAGAUUUUUUUAUGUAGUUCAAAUUUUUUUUUAAAGUAUGUGAACAUUUUUCUCUGAUAAUUUUUUGUCUUAAACUCCAGUAAAAUGAUUCAUUUUUGUUGAUCCAUUAAAUAUGUUGUAAAUUCAUUUAAAUAUUUUAUAAAUACUCAUUUUUAAAAAAAAAAAGUUGGUUAUUAAUCAUAAGGGUAAAGCUAACAUUACUUUUUUUUGCAUCGAUUAAUCAUCUUUGAAUCAAGAAAAUACUUGUAUAUACAUGCUUAUUAUUAUUAAACAAGUUUUUAUUCUAA